UGAGCACAUUGACUGGUCCAGCGUCGACAUCUUCCAUGUCGACAGGAUGGAUGUCACAGACGGCGCAACCGCGCGCCCCUCAGCCCCAGGCAGGCGAGGACGCACGGACCCGCACUAUGCGACCCAUUGUCACGGGUACGAGCGUUCUGGGCAUCAAGUUUGAUGGCGGUGUGGCCAUCGCAGCAGAUACCCUCGGCUCGUAUGGAUCUCUCGCCCGCUUCCGCGAGAUCUCUCGUAUGUGCAAGGUUGGCAACCAGACGGUGGUUGGCGGCGGCGGCGACGUUGCUGACUUCCACAUGAUCCGUGACCUCCUCAACACGCUCGAGAUUGAGAACCGCGAGUAUGAGGAUGAGCAUGACAUCAAGCCACAGGCCGUCCACACAUACCUCACCCGCGUCCUCUACAACAGGCGUUCGCAGAUGAACCCGCUGUGGAACACGGUGCUGGUUGCCGGUAUGCAGGAUGGGGAGCCGUAUCUCGGGUACACGGACAAGCUCGGCGUCGCCUACCAGGAGAGCACCCUCGCAUGCGGUUACGGCGCAUACAUCGCCCUCGGUCCGCUGCUGCGGGAGGUGGCUGACAAGGGCGAGCCCAUCACGAAGGACGCUGCCGUGGCCCUGCUGCAGAAGUGCCUCAAGGUCCUCUGGUACCGCGACGCACGCUCCCUCAACCGCUUUGAGAUUGCGACGGUGACGGCAGAGGGUGUGGACAUCUCUGCCCCGCAGUCUUCCGAGUCCGACUGGGGCAUCGCCUCCAUGGUCCGCGGCUACGAGUGA